GUUCCGCUCGCGCGGGCUUCGACGUCAAGUCCUCCCGCACACAACGGCGGCCGGCCCGUGCGCAUGCGUGGUGGAGCUCCCCCAGCGCGGGCGGGACGUUAGGGCAAUGAUAAUCGGUUGCACUCGUGGUUUUAUAAAGGGGCUGUUUCGUUUGGGCUUAGCGACGUUUAAGGAGCAGGCGAGGAAAGUAGCAAUGAGUGCACAACCAGCAGACUGGCACAAGGCCACAUCCAUUUAUGAGUUUAGUGCCAAGGAUAUAGAUGGCAAUGAGGUACCUCUGGAAAAAUACAGGGACUUUGUCUGCAUCAUCACAAAUGUGGCCUCCAAAUGAGGAAAGACUGCCGUAAACUACACUCAGUUUGCUGAAAUGUAUAACAAGUAUGCUGAGAGAGGUUUACGGAUUUUAGCUUUCCCCUGCAACCAGUUUGGUAAGCAGGAACCUGAAAGUGAAGAAAAAAUUAAAGCUUUUGCAGGUGGUUACAAUGUAAAGUUUGACAUGUUCAGUAAAAUCGAUGUAAAUGGAGAUAACGCCCAUCCUCUCUGGAAAUGGAUGAAGGAGCAGCCAAAAGGAAAAGGGCUCUUGGGAAAUGCUAUUAAGUGGAACUUCACCAAGUUUUUGAUUAACAAAGAAGGUCAGGUUGUCAAGAGGUAUUCUCCCAUGGAUGACCCUGUGGUGAUUGAAAAGGAUUUACCCAAGUACCUAUAAAUGACUAAUACAAGCUGAUGGAAAUCAAACUCGAUCUACUAAAUUUAUAUCGGCCUUUCAGUCCAGGCCAAUGAUGGUCUGCUUUUAAACCUGUUCACAUGUGGAAAAGUGGAUCUGACAAAUGUGGUGUGCAUACCUGGAGGAAAUUCUGAUGUAUAUAUUGUGCUUGAGUUUCUUGGCAAAUUGUUGCUGUAUAUUCCAUUAACUUGGCUUGUAAUUGUUUAGAAUAACUUUGGACUGUUUUGUUGAAUUUCUUUGUUUUAUGGCAAUUAAAAAUCUUUUGGGUUGAAUGCUCAUUGGUUUGGCCAUGAA